GGUAUAUCAGUAAUGUUAACGAAAGGACGGAGUUCCCACAACGGCCUCCGCCAGGUCACGUCUCGGAGCGCACACCCCUCGCUCAGACACUCCCUACUUCUGGCACUGCCCGAGAAAGUCCGCCGCACAGUCUACACAUACGUUGUCACCUACGAAGAGCCGAUCCCAAUUCGCCUGUUUUCGGCCACUUCGAGCGAAGGCAUCGAUACGUGUACCGCCAUCCUGAAGCGCACCUGGUUCUUCAGUCCUCCAGUCCUUCGCAUCUGCCGCGCCAUCGCGGAAGAAGCGGCGCCCCCAUUCUAUGCUAAUAACAGCUUCAAAGCCGAAGUCAUGGGUAGCGACACUUCGGUGUUGCAAGAAUGGCUGAACGCGACGCAUCCCGCUCACCUUGCGCUUAUACCUGAACUGAUCAUCAGUCUUGAGCCGCGGUCGUUCUUUGACUUGCAGGAACUCCGUGCUGACAGCGCUGCCACUGGGUCCUCAAGCAGUGCGGGAGAGCUUGCGGCCCUGCUUGUGGGGAGCGGCAUCUCUGGGGAAAGAGUGUUCAUGAAGGUAUCUAUUGACUUUGGGGUACUGCGUGAGGAUGCAAUGUGGUUGGGGCGUCGCACUGGAGAUGUGACUAAUCUCUGGAAGGCGUGGUUUGCCGAUUUACAGGAGUGUAUGGAUCGCGAAGAGUACGGCAUGGCGGAAAAGGAAGGCACGCUUGUGCAGGGUGAAGGCACGGUGGAGAGUGAAAGCCUCAUCGACAAGGUCUCAUCUCUUACGAGCAAGAUGGCUGGGUUGCUGGGUUGCGCUGAAGGACGCUACCAAUGAACCAUUCUAGGGCGUCGCAUACGUAAACGGUAACCUCGCAACGGUGUUAAUCAUUCUUUUGACCAUUCACAAGACAUAUUCAUCUGGAACCACUUACACAACAGAGACCCGUCACUCUGGUGUUGAGCUUUUCCAGGUACAAGGACCGGAACACUUUGGAGAGCAACACAAGACUUUUGUGCUGCGCACAUAAACCAGGUCCCGAAUUCGAAUCUACAGGAUGGACAACACAGUCAGCAGCACCGACACCGACAACGCGAACGGCCGCCUGGGCGCACUUGAGAAGUUCCCACGCGAGCUUCGGGAUCAGACCUAU